CGUCGGGGUUUAUUCUCGUUCCUGUGUUACAGAUGAAGAAACAGGGUGGUUUGAAUCCACGUUUAGUUAUAUAUUAGCUGUGUGACCUUGGGCCCUAAGGACUUAAAAUGUCAUUUUUCUCAUCUGUGUAAUUGAAAUAGUAAUAGGACUUGUUUCAUGGGUUGUGGGAAUCUAACAGGAGUUAAUGCAUUUAAAGGGUUUACACGUGGUGAGAGCUACUGUUCUUGCUGUUAUUGUUUCACCAACCCACCCUCCUGCUUUCUAGUGGGAUGUAGCAGAGCUGUCACUGAACCUUAUGAUUCUGGUACCCCAUUUCAGCACGCUGCAUUUCACCCCAGUUCACUCCUGUUUCUUUCCAGUGUUUAGUGCAAGGCACUGUAGAUGCUGAGAACAAUAAACAGAUGCAAAAGACUUGAUUCUCGCCCUUAAGGAAUUAAUGCAGUCUUGUAGGAGAGAAAGUGCAAGUUCAUAAACUACAGUAGUGCAGUGCGGGAUGUGACAGUGUCAUAGGAAAGUUACAGUAAAAAAGUUUGCUGGAUUUUUAAAGACAGGCAUGAUGUCUAAUUGGACAUUUCUACGUGGAGUACGUCUUGAAGGCUGAGUGAAUAGAAUCAGAGGGUAAUGUAAGUCAGCGACCUGAAUUCAGCGACCGCGACCCCCAUGGCAGCUUCAGAAGCUGGGGUCUGGUGGGGUAGGUCAUGAGGAACUGUUGAUGGGAAACACUGCUUGGAGUAGAGCUUCUCAAUCCUGGCACAGUGGAGUCACCUGGAGAGCUUGGAUAGCUACUGAUGCCUGGUUUAAUUGCUCAGAUGGCAGGAUUUCUAUAGUAUAUCUAGCAUGAGUUCCACACCUUGGCCUCUUCUCCAGCUUCAGCAGUCUCAUCUCCAUCGUCAGGAGGAUAAAUGGGAUUUGCAUGAAUUCCAGACUCUGGACUGAAAUAGACUGCAGUGUUAAUAUUCUGUUCUUCUGGCUGUUAUUAACAGAUCCUCAGAAAAUUAAAUGUCGUCAGAAGACCGAGAAGCUCAGGAAGAUGAAUUGCUGGCCCUGGCGAGUAUUUAUGAUGGAGAUGAAUUUAGAAAAGCAGAGUCUGUCCAAGGUGGAGAAACCAGGAUCUAUCUGGACUUGCCACAAAAUUUCAAGAUAUUUGUGAGCGGCAAUUCAAAUGAGUGUCUCCAGAAUAGAGGCUUUGAAUACACCAUUUGCUUUCUGCCUCCACUUGUGCUGAACUUUGAACUGCCACCAGAUUAUCCAUCCUCCUCCCCACCUUCAUUCACACUUAGUGGCAAAUGGCUGUCACCAACUCAGCUGUCUGCUCUCUGCAAGCACUUAGACAACCUGUGGGAAGAACACCGUGGCAGUGUGGUCCUGUUUGCCUGGAUGCAGUUUCUUAAAGAAGAGACUCUAGGGUACCUGAAUAUUGUCUCUCCUUUUGAGCUCAAGAUGGGUCCUCAGAAAAAAGUGCAGAGGAGGACGGCUCAAGCCUCUGCCAACACAGAGCUAGAUUUUGGAGGAGCUGCUGGAUCUGACGUAGACCAAGAAGAGGUUGUAGAUGAGAGAGCUGUGCAGGAUGUGGAAUCAUUGUCAAGUCUGAUCCAGGAAAUCUUGGACUUCGAUCAAGCACAGCAGAUAAAAUGCUUUAAUAGUAAAUUGUUCCUGUGCAAUAUUUGUUUCUGUGAGAAGCUGGGUAGUGAAUGCAUGUACUUCUUGGAGUGCAGGCAUGUGUACUGCAAAGCCUGCCUGAAGGACUACUUUGAAAUCCAGAUCAGAGAUGGCCAAGUUCAAUGCCUCAACUGCCCAGAACCCAAGUGCCCUUCGGUGGCCACUCCUGGUCAGGUCAAAGAGUUAGUGGAAGCAGAGUUAUUUGCUCGUUAUGACCGGCUACUUCUCCAGUCCACCUUGGACUUGAUGGCAGAUGUGGUGUACUGCCCCCGCCCGUGCUGCCAGCUGCCUGUCAUGCAGGAGCCUGGCUGCACCAUGGGCAUCUGUUCCAGCUGCAACUUUGCCUUCUGUACCUUGUGCCGAUUGACCUACCAUGGCGUGUCUCCAUGCAAGGUGACUGCAGAGAAAUUAAUAGACUUACGAAAUGUGUACCUGCAAGCAGAUGAAGCCAAUAAAAGAUUUUUAGAACAGAGGUAUGGUAAGAGGGUGAUUCAGAAGGCACUGGAAGAGAUGGAAAGUAAGGAGUGGCUGGAAAAGAACUCAAAGAGCUGCCCGUGCUGUGGGACUCCCAUAGAGAAAUUAGAUGGAUGUAACAAGAUGACAUGUACUGGCUGUAUGCAGUAUUUCUGUUGGAUUUGCAUGGGUUCUCUGUCUAGAGCAAACCCUUAUAAACAUUUCACUGAUCCUGCUUCCCCGUGUUUUAACCGGUUGUUCCAUGCUGUGGAUGUUAAUGGAGAUAUUUGGGAAGAUUAGGUUGAAGACUCGUUACCUCCUGCUGAAGAUGUGGAAGUGAAAUGGUUUGCCCUAAUCUUUUGUUGCAUAUACAAAGUAACUGCAGAAUAUUUAGGGUACCAUUCAUUCACUCUUAUAAUGUAGAAGAUAUGAAAGAAGGUUUUUAUUUUCAUGUGGUACUACUGAUCAAGGCACAUUCAUGCAUUUUUCAAUGUAACAUAAUUGAGAAAAAAUUAUAAGCCAAAGGUUCAGAAGAUGAAAACUAGAGAAUAUUAAAUAUUACUAUGUACCCAAAGUUCUGAAUAGUUAAAAAUUAAAUAUUUAUUUUCCCCAAGCUUUAGGUAAGGAGAGGGGUCAAGAGUUCAACUUGUAGACCCUUUUUAUCUCUGAGAAGCAUCCCUCUAAGACAUUCUGUGGGAGUCCCCUCAGUACUACUAUUCUUUUAACAACUGCGGUGGGUAGAAGCCUUAUUAAAAUUGUACCGAGCGCCUGUCUCAUUUACUCCAUGUUACAUUCCUUCCAACCUAAAUUUCUGCUAAGUUAGUUCCCUUUGGAGGGAGCCCUUUAUAACUGAUUGGAUGGCCCAGUGUCAUUUUGGUCUACUGCUUACAGAAUAGAAAUUUAUAGCUAAUUUUAGAAAUACUUUUUAAUACCAUAAACACUGUGGGUCACCUGAUAUUUGUUAGUGGUGUAUAGUCUACUGGUUUUGAGCCAAGUCUAUUAUUUAAUGAUAUGGCUCAGAAGAAUUUCAGCCCUGUUUGGCUUUCCUGGGCAGUAGAGCGUAGAUUCAAAACAACUUGUCUUUUGCUGCCUUUCUCCCUUUACCCUCACCCAACCUUCCACUGGUAAGGACAAUUUUAAUAUUAACUCCAGCAGCUCACAUUUUUAUUUCCUCUGCUGCAAUAGGAGACAGCCUGAUAUAUUCCCAAGCUGAACUUUCCUUAAUUAUCUGCUUUUUGAACUCUACACCACCAUAGUUUAGUCUUAACUUUCUGAAUUAUUUUUAAGGUCUUCUCUAAUGAGCUCUGGGAAUUUGAUUUCCUUCCCUUUUUUGCAACAGCACUGUUUUGGGGGAUAAUUUUGGCUUGCCUAGAUCCCUGUUUCUGGGUUUUAUUGGCUUUUUGAAAAAUUGUCUUUCCUUUUGAUUUGGAGAGUGGCUUGGUAGCAAAAUAAGAUUUUUUCUGAAAAAGAGGACAGAAGAAUUCAGCUGCAGCUGUGAACGUUCUUUUUUCCUACUGUGUCCUUGAAAAUUGGGGAAUCAUUUUUAACUAUUUUAUGUGUGUAUCCAAAGAGCAAGGACUGUUUCUGAAUUGUCAAUGAGGAUGCUUAAUCUUAAAAAUAAAAAUAAUUUAAAAAUUAUCA